UCCUCGAUCUGCAUAAUGCAGUCAGGGCUUACUCCCCCAUGCAGGACGAAGUUCACCUCUACUGCUGUUAAAAGACCUUCUUCUGUUUCUCUGUCAGUGAAGAAACCGGCCGUCCAUAACGUUGGUCGUUUCCAGGUGACGGCAUCUGAAGACACCCCCGCUGUCCUUGAUCAGGAGAUCCGCCACAUCAACCAGGCAAUACCCACCACUCACUCCCCACCUCCCUCUGUGUCGAACCAAUCAGAGAGCUCAGAGAGCAGCACGGAGAAGCAGAGCGAAUCAGAGAGCAGCGUCAGCACAGUGACUGUCUCCCCACCUGGUCAAACUCAUGGUUACCAUGACAACUCUGGAGGACAGGAGGAAGAGGAGGACAGGAAGAUAAGGAGGGAUCGGCGGCUGAGUGUCGGCCUGUGGGAGGGGUUGGCCGGCAGCUUCAGCCAAUCACGGAGCCGCGUGGCACAUUACAUCAGCUCCGACGAAUCAGAAAGCGACAACGAGGAGCUGUGGGAGGAGCUGAAGGAGCUACGGGAAAGACACCAGGCGGAGGUGCAGAACCUGCAGGCCAAUCAGAAGACAGAGAUCGAGAAGCUGUACCUGCGGAAGGGUAACGUCCCGCCCCCUGGUAUCGUCUCUCAGGCCGCCAUGAUGAACCACCGCCCCCGCCGCCCCUCCAAAACUGGAAACUACCCUCCUCGCAAAAACAGCCUGCAGAGACUGGACAUGCCGCCCUCUACAGGUCAGGAGGAAACACAUCAACUAGUUAUAAUGAUUUCACGUCAUUAUUGGCAUGACAGUGAUGCGGUUAGGACCGUUAACAUCACUGAAAUACCAAUAACAUGAUGUUAAAUCUCACACUCUGUUGCAAAAUAAGGU